AUGUCAGUCCUCCUUCCAGAGCAGGUCAUGGGCCCCCUCAAUGAGGAGCUUCGUGACAGCUUGCGGGCUGGUGCUCGAACUGGCCAGCGGGAGAAAGCUGCGAAGAGGAUAAACCUGACCUUAAAUGGACUUGCUCGACAGCUUGGACUCACCGGAUCAGUUCACAUGUUCGGUUCCUUUUCGAACGGCUUCAAGACCGGGACCUCGGAUUUGGAUGUUGUGUUCGUGGGAGCCAUUGAGGAGAGCGCCAUCACGAUACUGCAGAAAUUCGCGGACCGCCUCGACAGUUUGGGAUUUGAUAACAUUACAAAGAUUUUUCAGGCAACUGUGCCCAUUCUGAAGCUGACUGACCGGAAGGACAACAUGGAGGUGGAUUUUUGCAUCAACAACGAGCUCGGGGUGAGGAAUUCCCUGCUGCUCAACACGUAUUGCAAGUACGACCACCGAGUGCUCCAGCUCGGGCGCUUGAUCAAGGAGUGGGCAAAGAAGCAUGAGCUUGUCGGCGUUGCUGACGGGUGCAUCAACAGCUAUGCCUACAUGCUCUUGGUGGUCUUUUUUCUCCAGAGUGUGCAGCCUCCCGUGGUGCCGAAUCUUCAGGCCAUGGACUGCGAGUCGGUUCCCGUGUCAGACCGAAAGUGGGGUGGUGAAGACAUCUGGGAAACCAAGUUCUUCUUCGAUGUCGAGAAUCUCCCGAAGUCACAGAACCAGAUGUCUAUAGGUGAACUUCUGGUGGGCUUCUUUCGGUUUUACACGCGCGAGUUCAAUUGGCGGCAGCAUGCAGUUUGCAUGCGUCUGCAGAAGCCUGGACAGUUCGUCGACAAGUACUCCUUGCCGCUCCAGACGAACGAGGAGCAGUGGUACCUGGAGGAUCCCUUUGAUCUCAAGCACAACCUGGCAGGGAAGUGCAGCAGAGCUGGCAAAAAGCGGUUCGUGGACGAGAUGCACAACACCUUGAACGUGCUAACGUCGGGUGGCCGAUGGGCGAAGUGCUUGCCCCCACCGCAGGGCAUGGAUUACUUUAUGAAGUGCCGCAUUAGCCAGAACGUGACUCCGCAAGCCCUACUUGAAGAGUUCGAGCAGUGCGAUCUGGUCAAGUUGCACUUUCCCAAGUCCGAUGGCACAGUUCGAAUGCCACAAGCAUUUUUGCAGUUUGGGGACGCGAUCUCCCGCCGAAAAGCUCACGCAAAGAACGAGAAGUACAUCAUGGAUUGCCAGCUGCAGCUUCACUACAGUUCACAGCACAGUCUGGCAGAGGCCAUUCAGCAAUGCCACUUCUCGACAUAUGAAAUGGCUUCAUAUAAGAUGCAGCGGCAGGUUUUGGCAGCCCGCAUGGGACAGACACAGGAGAUGCCAAAGUCGGCCAGCGCUCCCGAGGAUUCUCUACCUCUUCAGAUGAACCGUGCCAUGAAGGAGAUGUCGCAGGAGGCCAUGUACAGUGCCUUCGCCGCCAAGAUACCACCGCCGCCACCACCGCCGCCUCCUCCAGCGAUGAUGGAUUAUCAGAUGCAGGACCCAAUGGCGAAACAGCUCCAGAUGCGCCCGGUGAUGGCCAAGGUCGAUUCGGGCAUGCCUGCAUGGCCGCCUCCCAACCAUAUGCCACUACAUGGCAUGCGACCGCCGGGGGCACCGCCUGCUCAGCCGAAGACAAACGCGCCUCCACCUCAAGUACGACAGCAGGUUCCCAAGAAGGAGCCUGCAAGGCCGGAGAAUAAGAAGAUUGAGACCAAGAUCAAGAAGGAACCAAACGCUUCUGCAUCAGCACCCUCGUCGGCAAAGGUUCGCCCUGGUGGGCAUCCAGAACCAGGAGAGUGCUGGCUGGAGGUGAAGGUCACAAACAACCUUUCUCCCGAAGUGUGGAACACGGAGCCGUUCAUCAAGCUGAAAGACCUGCACUCGUUCUUCCAGAAGUACGGUUCUGUGGACAUGCCGGACGUGCAGCCGGAAAUCAAGCUGAAAGUGGAGGUCAACGACGAUUUCACAAAGCUGCUCGUGCUCUUCGUAGACAGCUUGUUGCUGUUUGAGUCGGAUGGAGUCAUGGAGCUCGAGGUUGCCACAUGCCCCUCCCACUUUAACGCUCCGUAUGCUGACUGCCGCCGCCUGCGGGACGGGGCUCUUGUUCUUCGCUGCAGGUUAUGCGGCAUCUGUGCAGGCCUUCGUGAGCGCACCUUGGCAGGUGGCUCAGGCAUGAUCUGCCAUUUCAAUGCAUUUUUCCAUGGAGAGGAUGUCCGCGAGCCCAAAAUUGCCCAGCGCGUGUCGCACGGGGGCUACGCCCACGUCUGGGCGAAAUAUCGUGAGGAGCUCCGAUCCAUGACCGAUGAGGAGCUUUAUGAGACCAUAGCGAAGGGGCGUAGAAUGACCCUGCAUCAUCGAAUGGAGAAAUUCCGACGGAAAGCGCCAUCAGCCGGCAGCUUGUACGAGUGGCAAUACAAGAUUGCGCUGGCCAAGACUUUCCUCAAGCAGCGAGAGAUUGCUGCGACAGUCCCGCCUGAGGCAGGGGAGCCUCUGUCGGAAGACGCGCCCGACCGGCCAACGCUUGCCGAGUGGAUGAAAGAGAAUGAGGACUUGGAGAUGGCCGAGAACGAGUGGUACGCGCGGCCAGGCACAGGGCCAUGGCUGACGUUCCAGAAGCUGGAGUAUCCCAGAGAAAUCGCCUUCGAGAAGAGGUAUUACGAGAAGUAUGGCAAGGAAUACCACACCAAGACUCAGAUUGGUGAACCCUUCAAGAAAAAGGUCGUCGACCUCAAGAAAGCCCGAGCGGAGGCGCGAAAGGCAAAAACUGCAACAGAGGCCGUACCCUCCCUGCCACAGGUCCCGGGAAUGGGCAGCUUGGGUGCUGCAGUGCUUGCAGGCCUCGGUCUGGCAGCAGCUACCCGAGGCCGCCGCUGGUGA